AUGGUCUUUACCGAAAUCACCGUCUCCCCAAGCGCGCCGAUGCCCAAGGGCUACAAGCUUCUGCGCAAAGGCUACGCUUUCAUGACGGCCCUAUGCCGUCGGAAGACCACCGAGGCGGGCAAGACGCUUUAUGUCGUGCGGGCCGGGUCUAGGAUCCUGGGUCUGCGCGCGCCUAGGCACAUCAUCAACGAGGUCUACGAGGAGGAGCGCCAAACGCGUGCCACGCGACGAGCCGUGGUUACGGCCCGCGACGAGACUACACGGAGCGCCUUUGAAACAGCGCUGCGGAACAAGUACCCCGGAAUGCCCUCUGCGGACGUGGACAGGGUGCUGCAGCGCGCACUGAAGAAACACAGCGGCAGGGUAGGUAGGACGUCCAAGUUGGACAUGGAGGACAAGGUGCGGCUGGCGGUGGUGGCGCAUGUACGACAUAUGCACACGGCUUAUGAUGGGCUCUUCGCCGACAAAACGAGCCGUGAAGAUGCGAGGAAAGCAGUGUACGACUCUGUGCAGGAGAUUCUUGUGAGAUGGGAGAAGGGCUGA